UAUUUAAAUACAUCAUAAAACAUAACUUUAUGAAUUGACCGUAGGCCAGUUUUCUUCACGACAUCAUUGAACCUACUGGGUUCAAUGCAAUUCACUGAUAAAAAAUAAAAACAAUCAAUGUUUGUGUCAUUGGACUAUUUAAACGGAAUGUGUAGCGUAAAAUUGAAUUCAUAUCGGAAUACUCGUUAAGAACAUCGGACGACAAUUGGUCGCAAGCGAGAAUAUUUUAACGAAAAAGUUUUGCCUCACGGACUGUUGUAUAACUGAGGUCAUCUGCAUCCUAACUCUUAACCAACAACGACGUCUGACAAAAAUAAAUUAAAUACGCAGAUUAAAAAUAUAAAAAAUUAAUAAUAAUUAAAUUAAAUAAAUAAUCCUAGUUCGUGUAAAAGGAUCUUUCUCCGUGAAGUGAUGUAAAAUUAUCACCUUGUUUGUCAAUCGGGUUUGCGGGAAAUCCGAAGAAUCUGUUUACAAUUCGUACCCUCAAUAAAGGUGUUACAGUUAAAGCUUUGAGUAAAUAGCCUCUGUACAAUUGACGAUAACAUUUGAUUUAUAAAACCGCUGCUGAGGUGAUUUGCGAGGAGAAGUAAAAGGUUUACUGUGAUUAUGAGUGUGGAAAAGAAUGUUGAAUACGACGUGGAUAAGUACGAGUACCUGCCUCCCGAGGGUGGCUGGGGGUACAUGGUGUGCAUCGGACUCUCUGUUAUAUUUAUUGCGGGCACAGCACACCAGCCAGUGUUUGGUUUUAUAUACAACGACUUUUUAGACGAAUUGGGAGUCGGUACUGCAGCGGUGACAGUUGUGUUUGGUGUUUUUCAAGUUACCCUCGCUGUUGCAGGAUUCUCAGCAAACAUAGCUUUAAAAAAGUUAUCUCUAAGGCAAGUUGGGUUAAUAGGAGCAUUUAUAUACACACUAGCAUCAUUCUUAGCCAUAUUCGUAAAAUCUACGACCCAGUUGAUCAUAACAAAUGGGUUCCUGCAGGGGUUGGGAAUGGGGCUACUCAUACCUGUCUCCUACACAAGCUUCAACAGCUAUUUCACAAAGAAAAAGGUGUUCUAUUUAAGUCUGUGUAAGGCCUCUAUUGGAAUGAUAACGAUGUUCUACCCAUUGUUUAUCAAGUUUACGAUAACAGAGUACGGAUUUAGAGGAACUCUUGCGAUACUGUGUGCGAUAUCAGCUCACAGUAUAUUUGGAGCUUUAGUCAUGCAUCCCGUGAAAUGGCAUAUGGUGAAGCAGCUGAAACCGUGCGAGAAAAUUGUUUUAAUACCACCCACACCAGCUCACGAAGAUAAUAAGGGAAAGUUCAAUUUCGACGCCCCCGGAAUAGAAACAUCAGACAACACGCGUUCAGUAGAGAAUUUGUAUCGAAUCAAUCGCUUGGAAAAUCCUCAGAAGGGCGCCGAAUUACUAUUUGUGUCGAAAUUAACCGAUUCCAGACGAUUAAGCAUACCAGUUGUAUUGAUCCCAGCAGACGGGAAGAUAGAUAGUAAAUUCGAUUCUAGCGAUCAUGUGUACAGAGAGAAUUUGUACAAGGCCGCGUCAGUAUCGAGCUUGGGAAAUUUCGGGAAUAUCGCUGCGGAACCAAUGCCGAUUAUCAAGAACAAGGAAGGAAAAUGGCAAACAGUAGCGGAAUUUUUGGACUUAACCCUUCUGAAGGACCCAGUUUACGUUAAUAUUAUAUUUGGACUGGCUUUAACUUUCUUUUCUGAUCUCACAUUUUUCACUUUGGAGCCCAUAUUUUUGGACAAGGUGCACCUUAGUAAGGCGGAGAUAGCGAAUAUAAUAGCAGUAGGAGGUGCGAUGGACAUGUCAGCCCGCUUGUUCCUGGGUGUAGCCGGCCAGUUCUUCAGAAUGAACAGUCGGUACAUGUUUUUCUGCGGCGCCUUGUUCACCGCGCUGUUCCGAUUUGUGUUCAUCCAGUUUUCAUCGUACAUUCCGCUGUUGAUCCUGACGGGAAUUCUCGGGUCUUUAAGAUCACUAGUCCACAUCGCCCAGCCUAUAGUGAUAGCUGAACAUGUGCCGAUAGAGAGGUACCCGCCGGCGUAUGGACUCUACAUGCUGCUGGCUGGAGCUAUCAGCUUGAGUGUUGGACCUAUGAUUGGUUUUGUCCGAGAUUACACAGGCAGUUACGCACUGGCAUUCAACAUGAUGACCAUGUGCAAUCUCUGCUGCGUCGUGCCCUGGGCUACUGAGGCUAUCACCAAAUAUAUGAAGAACAGAAACUGUUCCAACUCCCCCAACACAUGAGUGAAUCUAACGUCUUUAGUAUUAUGACCUCAAAGUUCUUUUUAUAAAAGGACUUAAGUGUCCACCAGGAAU